CUCUUCCAGCUCACCACCAGCAUUGACUGGUCGCAGAAGAAGCCCGUGGUCACCAGAGAGGUGAUCAUCGGAGAUGACAGCUGGGAGCGUGGGAGCCUACUCCUUAGCGUCGGCCAGGGUGAGAACGAGAUCCGGCUGCGAGGGGGCCGCAAUGCGGAUUUGAUGAAGAAGGUUCUACAGGAGCACAUCGAUGCAGAUGGCUCCCUCUGGGUGGGCUUGAGAAAGCAUCGUGUCGGUUGGCCUUGGCGUUGGGUGCUUCGGUGUCCGUGCCUGGUCUUCUCCACCACUCUGCUGGCAGUCUUUGCCCUGAUAGGUAUCGGGGCCACCAGUGCCCCUAUCAGCCUCAACACGAACUUCGACUCGCUGAUGGAGUCAGACAGCGCAGCCUCCCUGAACUACGACGCCAUCCUCCAG